AUGAGAUUAGAGUACAAAUUAAUAGUAGAUAAUAGAAUAUGGUCGACCAGAAGGAUAUGGAACGUUAAAAGUAUUGGAUUAUGGAGAUGGUUAAAAUGGUUGAUGAUAAAAUUAGAAUGGGAUUUGGUUUUUUAUAAAGUUAAAGGUCAUUCGGGUAUUUUAGGAAAUGAAUUGGCUGAUAGUUUGAGUAAAGUUGCGUUAAUGAUGAAAGAAGAUAGAAAUUUGAUUAUAAUAAAGUUGAAUCAGGAGAUAGACUGGAAAUAUAAUUUAUAUUGGGAAAAGGAAUUAAUUAAAGAGGCGCCAAGGGAGUUUUAUAAAUUAUAUAAUCAAUGGAGUUAUAAAGCAGAAUUUUUAUUUUUAGACGUGUGUCGAUAUUAUAGAUUCAAUAAUUCGAUAGAAAAGAUUGACUGGGUUCGUUCAAUCAGAAUUAUUAUGAAAGCUUUUAAUGAAGAAAAUACAGAUUGGAAUAAUUCUGAUAAUGCUUAUAAUAUUAAAAAUUUUCUGGAAAUUUUACAUUAUUAA